GGUAGCAGCUGGACAAGGAUUUUGCUGCUCCGUUCGGGAAGUGCUUUCUUUGUUAAUCGAUAGUUAUCUCACCGCAAAUAGAAAUAGAUUUGUGGGCAAGCGGUCAAACCGUCACCGUGCAACCACACCGCUAUCAGUUUCCCAAAAAGCUAGUUAGCUUGCGAUCGAUUAGUUGGUGUAUUGUGUUUCGGUGAAGAAAAAAAAACAAAAGAAAAAAAUAUACCACCCUAACGAGAGGCGACGUUACGUGUGCGGUGGUUUCCUGUGCGCUGUUGUCCUUACAUUGAACUUUUUCGGGGCCCCGGCCGGUUGGGUGGCAUUUCCUGGUUUUUCUCAGGUGAAACGGUUAACCGGGCGGUGGCUGUGACUAACACAGUCUCCAUCCGUACAGCAAACGGCGGCACACUGGGAACCCGAGUACGACUUUGUCGGCAAACGAUGGCGGAAGUUGGAACCAGCUCCAGCGGCGAUGGAGAAUCUGCCGCACCGGACAAACCCAAAGGCUCGGUGAAGUUCACGGAGGCCGAUCUGGCCGCAAUCAAGCAGACCAGCGAUACGUUAAAGCGCAACCCGAAAAUGGAUUUCAGCAAAGCAGAUUUACUUAAACUGCUUAGCUACCUGGAAGGAGAGCUGCAGGCUCGCGAUGUCGUUAUAGCGGUGUUGAAAACGGAAAAAAUUAAACAACUACUCACCACACCACGGUACAGCAAAUCCACGAACCUUAACGAUCCGCAUGCUGCGUUGUUCCGCGAUCAGCUGGCCGCUAGUGGCAACAUCGCUAGCCGCCAAUCGUCGAUUCAGGCGGCCCACUCCGAACAUGAAAUGCGCCUAAUGAACGACCAACGUAGCGGAGUGCGCGAGCAGAUGGAUUCACUGGCCACGCUCGUCAUGCAGCAGCGACAAGCGCAGGCAAAAAUGAUAGAAGCCCUUAAGGAUGCGGAAGAGCGCCACAAGCUGGUCGUGCAGGAACUUUACGAUGAACGGCGGAAGCACGAACAUACCACCGCUCAAGGGGACGAUAUUACGUACGGGUUAGAGAUCGAACGAUCCCGACUGAAACAGGAACUGGACCACGAGAAGGAGCAACACAAGGUGCUCGAAAUCGAACUGAAGAAGAUACAGGAGCAAUUCGAAGCGGAGAAGAACCGUCAAAAGCAGAUCGUAUUGCUGCUACUCGCGGAGCGAAAGAAAAUCAUCAUCAAAUACAUCGAGGAGCGGAAGCGAAGUGAAGAUCUCGCUCAGAUACUGUCGGAGGAGAAGCAGCGUGUUGACACGAUUGCGGAGGGCUUGGAGGAAGAGAGCAAAAAAUCACUCCGGAUGGAAGCGGACCUGGAAAAGCAGGCGCAACAGUUUGAAUUAGAACGUAAAAUGCUCCAUCAAAGUUUGGCGAAGGAAGAGAAACGGGUAAAGGAACAGGAAUUAGAAAUACAGCAGCUAAAGGCGGAAAUUGAAUUACUUCGUAAGCAGACCGGUAUACGUCAUCCGCUGGUUGCGCCACAGCUUCCCACCAAACCGGGUGGUCUUGUACCGUCUCGUCCAUCAAUCAGUGGCAUACCGGGGAGUGGUGUUUCCUCCAGCAGUGUUGUUGCGGGUGGGAGUUCAUCAAGUGGAAUAACUGCAACAGCGGGUCCUAUAGGUAUACCGGGACAGAUGAUUAGUAGCAUGGCGACGAAAGUGGUCCAACCGACCGCUACCGUAUCGAGCGUUCCAGUUUCGGCACCAACAACCGGUAUAGCACGGUCCGUGUCACCGGGACAGCUGAUCAGACAGACGGCUAUUUCACAGCUUUCGGUCACCUCUCCUUCGAUCUUAGGCACUGGGGCGUCAGGUCCAUCUCCUGUGCCUGCAAAUGCGGAUACCUACGCAAAUACGCCGACGGGAAAGAUGGCGAGCGCUGGCGUUCGUAAGGCGGCUGGCAUUGCCGCGGCCACGGUAAUCGGCGGCGGGGGAGCACCAUCCGGCGGUAGUGUACACCCAUCGGGAGGAGCAUCGGUGACGAGCCCGAUGUCCGCAUCGACGGCAAUAAUCAAGAAGACAAUAAUUCUACCGAUAGGAGGCCGCGGAGUGCCACCACCGAUCCCGCCGAACAAACCGCAGAUCCCACCGAAACUGUCGGGUGUUUCGGCAGUGGCCGCUGUGGCUGCCGGUGCCGUCUCCUCGCGUAUUCCCUUUCUCAACAACGCUGGGAACAGUAGUAGCAGCAGCAGCAGCAGCAGCAGCGGUGGCAGCAGCACGGGAUCUCUCAACGGCAAUGGUGGCAGCAACACAACGACCCCUGUUAGUCCCGUCAACAGUAGUAACUGCAAUAGCGCACUCAGUAGCACGGCCAUCUCCAGCAACAGCUCGUCUGCCAUCAGUAGUAGUAACAGCCUAGUGAACAGCAGCAGCAUUAAUAGCAAUAGCGUGCUACAGUCAUGCCCUCCCAACACCAACAGCACCAACACCACAACCACAAUGAACAUAAACCCAACCACCCUCAGCAGCACGAACAAUGCCGCCAAUGCGACAAACGCCUUACCGCAGCAUCAUCAUCCUCAUCCAGUUCCGCAGAUGUUCACGCAUCAUCCACAUCAUGUAUCUCAUCUUGUUCAUGUUGCUAAUGCAGGCGGGUCCCCAACAGCAGCAGCAGCAGCAACAGCAACAGCAACAGCAGCAGCAGCGUCAGCCGCAGCAACAGCUGCAACCAGCCCUGUCCAACAGCAAAGUGUUGCGUCGGCAGCCUCAUCUGCCUCAUCCGUUCCAUCAUCAGCCUCCGCCGGUGGGUCAUCCGAAGUACUGACCAACAUCGGUUGCGAGGGUGGGAUAGUGUAA